CCCCCAGGCCCCGCCUCUGCUCCGUGCUGCGCCUCCCACCUCCCCCGCAGUGGGUCCCAGGGCGAACAGCGUGCUGCUGCGUCAUCGCCAGUGGCCGGUUUGAAUGAGGCUUGUCGCACCGGAGCUGCCGCCACCACCUCGCUUCCUCCCCGGCCGGCUCCACGAGCUGCUUCGCAUCUCUCUGCCGCCCUUGUCAGACCCAGCCUCCUGCGCCGUUGCCUCCCUUCUGCCCCGCCAUGCCUCUGUACUCUGUUACAGUAAAAUGGGGAAAGGAGAAAUUUGAAGGUGUAGAAUUGAAUACUGAUGAACCUCCAAUGGUGUUCAAGGCCCAGCUUUUUGCACUGACUGGAGUCCAGCCAGCCAGACAAAAAGUUAUGGUGAAAGGAGGGACACUGAAGGAUGAUGACUGGGGAAACAUCAAAAUGAAAAAUGGAAUGACUGUACUAAUGAUGGGGUCAGCAGAUGCUCUUCCAGAAGAACCCUCAGCUAAAACUGUCUUCGUAGAAGACAUGACAGAAGAACAGUUAGCAACUGCUAUGGAGUUACCAUGUGGAUUGACAAACCUUGGUAACACUUGUUACAUGAAUGCUACAGUUCAGUGUAUUCGUUCUGUGCCUGAACUCAAAGAUGCCCUUAAAAGGUAUGCAGGUGCCUUGAGAGCUUCAGGGGAAAUGGCUUCAGCACAGUAUAUUACUGCAGCCCUUAGAGAUUUGUUUGAUUCCAUGGAUAAAACUUCUUCUAGUAUACCACCUAUUAUUCUCCUGCAGUUCUUGCACAUGGCUUUCCCACAGUUUGCGGAGAAGGGUGAACAAGGACAGUAUCUUCAGCAGGAUGCUAACGAGUGCUGGAUACAAAUGAUGCGAGUACUGCAGCAGAAACUAGAAGCCAUAGAGGACGAUUCAGUUAAAGAGACAGAUUCUUCUGCAUCAGCAGUGACACCUUCUAAAAAGAAAAGCUUAAUUGAUCAGUUUUUUGGUGUUGAGUUUGAAACUACCAUGAAAUGUACAGAAUCUGAAGAAGAGGAGGUCACCAAAGGAAAGGAAAAUCAACUUCAACUUAGUUGUUUCAUCAACCAGGAAGUUAAAUAUCUUUUCACAGGGCUUAAAUUGCGACUUCAGGAAGAAAUUACUAAACAAUCUCCAACACUGCAGAGAAAUGCUUUGUACAUCAAAUCUUCUAAGAUCAGCCGGCUGCCUGCUUACUUAACUAUCCAGAUGGUUCGAUUUUUUUAUAAAGAGAAAGAAUCUGUGAACGCCAAAGUUCUUAAGGAUGUUAAAUUUCCUCUUAUGUUAGAUGUGUAUGAACUCUGCACACCAGAACUUCAAGAGAAAAUGGUCUCUUUUCGGUCAAAAUUCAAGGAUCUAGAAGAUAAAAAAGUGAAUCAGCAACCAAAUGCAAAUGACAAGAAGAAUAGUCCCCCAAAAGAGGUUAAGUAUGAACCCUUUUCAUUUGCUGAUGAUAUUGGCUCUAAUAAUUGUGGAUACUAUGACUUACAAGCAGUUCUAACUCACCAGGGAAGAUCUAGUUCUUCAGGUCAUUAUGUAUCAUGGGUGAAAAGGAAACAAGAUGAAUGGAUCAAGUUUGACGACGAUAAGGUCAGCAUUGUAACACCAGAAGAUAUCCUGCGGCUGUCUGGUGGUGGAGACUGGCACAUUGCUUAUGUUCUACUUUAUGGGCCUCGAAGAGUUGAAAGAAUGGAAGAAGAAAGUGAACAGUAAUCUUCAAUUUAGCUAUUUAUGCCUAGGUGUGAAAUGAAAAAAAAAAAUUUUUUUUUUUUUUUUGUUUAUCAUUUCUAUAGUCUUGAGCUCUAAAGGGAACAAAGGAGAACAGAACCAGGUCACUUGUACAUCAUCAACCUUAGGACUACAGAAAAUUACAUUUGGGUGCUACCCUGUAUAAAGGUAGCUGGAAGAUAUUCUUUAAAAGCUUAUUUCUUGCAUUAAUUCUUAGAAAUUCUUAGCUGAAGUCCAUUUUAACCCCUUGCCCUCCAGCUCAAGAUUUAGCAAUGAUGUUUAUUGCACACCUAUUUGUUGUUCUUGCAUGGUUAGUAUCACCAUUCAGUAGCUGCCCAUCCUUUGCCUUAUCUAACCAAUAUUUUUCUAGGAAGGUGGAAAAGGAAGUGUUGCUCUUUCAUCGUGUAACUCAGUGCUGCUGUCCACAUCCCAUCAACUGGGUGCAAUCAAGUAUUUGUCCAGACUGACUGACUGUUGCUGGCCUUUCAUGACUUUACAAUAAAUUGUGAUCAAUAAGAAUACAUUUGAUUAUACACUGGUUAUUGUGUCUCUAAUGUACUAUGGUUUAUAUAUUUAACUUUGCAUUGGUUUUGUAGUAAUCAUAUAUGUCAACAAGCUCUGGUUGCUUAUUUUUAGAAAAUGAGGAUAUUUAAUAAAAAAAAAAGAGAAGAGGGAUUAACAACUUUU